UGAUAGUCAUUUUUGAAAUUUACUUUUUUAAAGUUGAUUUUUUUUGUAUGCCACUUUUAACCCUAAUUCAAUGGUCCUUAUUAAUUGAAUAAUUGGUUAUAUGGACAUUUUUAGCUAGUGAAAGUGAGUCUAACUACUCUCAUCUCUGACUUUAUAUAAUACGACAGAAUAGAUACUAUACAUGCAUACUGCCCUUGUAGAAUUAUUAACUUUGUCAAGUGAUUCCCAAUAUAUGGCUUGAAUUUUAUUUGAUCCCAAAUUUUACGGUACGGAUUUGUAAAAUUUUCAUGCUGUAUGGAAAUUUUUUGAGUCUUUAGAUCUCCCUCAGUUUAAUCUCGACCAUCCAUUUUUUCAAGAUUUAAAAUUUCAAAAACACCUCCGAAAAAAUCACGAUCUCGUCCUUCAGUUAUAUAAAAAUGUUAUUUUAGCCCAAUCGUGUUUCCGUCGAGUUUUUUUAAUAAAAAUUAUUAAAAAAAAGAGAAAUCCUUCGAUUCCGGAUAUGGUGACCCCGAUUGCGGCCACCACCUCCCAAUCGGGGUCGCCGGCCACCUCUUCAUCUCUAUAGUUGCAAAAUAGCUGAGGCAAAAUCGAUAUCAAGUCCUAAGACAUCGUAAGGAAUGUCAUUGGUCAUCGAACUUCGAGUCUACAUUCUCUACAUCCUCUUCAUCCUAUAGUUCCACCUACAUUGGGGGCAAGCUGUGGCAAAUAGCUCAGGCAUUGCAGGGGUACCAAUUAUGGUUAUAUACUGCCUCAUGACAUCCUUGGGCCCAAGGCCCACAAAGAAGAAAGUGUCCAUAAUCCCCCCUCGCUCAUCCAAAAUUUAUCGAUCCGAUUCCCUGAAGAUGGGAGUGAAAUGCCUGAAUCUUCACCAAGAACAUCUAUCUGCAUAUCGGCUGCAUUCAACCAAAAGAACCCAGAAGUCAGUCUCAAUUUCCCAUGGGAAAGCAUGAAGGGAAUAGACCCGUAAAUACCAAAAGGAUGGGGGAGCCUGCUGGAGGGACAAGUGCGAUGUUAGGAGAUAUUGUCAUACCGAACAAUGUGGAGAUCUAUGAUCGCAGGAAUUGUGUACUGUCAAGGCCGACAUGUGAACAGAAAAUGUUAGAUUUAGCAGUGGAAAGAAGACAAUCCUUGAGAGCCCGUUAUUACUAUGGAAUGAUCUUCUUGUUCAUGAAUCUCGGAGCAUGGUUUGUUCGUGACUAUGGCCAGAAGUUAAUGCCGAUACUUCAAUAUGUAAGAUCUUGUGGAAUGGAAGGACUUGCUUGUACUCAAACAAUGGGAGUUCUUCGCGUGAGUUUAGGAUGCUUCAUAUUUUUCUUUUUGAUGUUUCUAAUUUCCUUCAAUACAAGAAAGUUAAAUGAAGCUCGAAAUAUUUGGCAUUCUCGAUGGUGGGCUUUGAAGUCUCUUCUUUUGAUUGUAUCAAUGGCGACUCCGCUACUCAUUCCUUCAAGUUUCAUUCAUUUUUAUGGUGAAUUUGCUCGUGUCGGUGCAGGGAUAUUUUUGGUUCUCCAACUUAUUAGUGUAAUCCAAUUCAUCGCAUGGUGGAAUAACCAUUGGAUGCCCGAUGGAGGAACAAAGCAAAGUUGUUCUCUCGGGUUACUACUAUCCACCUUGUCUUACAUUGCUUCACUAUGUGGAAUUGCAAUACUUGCUAAAAUGUACUCCGCGGGGCAAUCACUCAACAUAUUCUUUAUCACAUGGACUAUCAUCCUCCUCAUAGUGAUGAUGGUCAUGUCAUUGCAUUCCAAGGUCAAUACGGGUCUUUUGUCCUCUGGAAUCAUGGGUUCUUACAUUGUUUUCCUUUGUUGGUCUGCUAUUAGAAGUGAACCUGCCAUUCAGAAAAGCAACGUUCACCAACAAGCAAAUCAUCAUGAUUGGUCGACUAUUUUUAGCUUCGUGAUUGCAAUAUGUGCAAUUGUAAUGGCAACUUUCUCUACUGGGAUCGAUUCAGAAUCGUUUCAGUUCCGGAAAGAUGAUAUUCGAGAGGAGGAUGACGUGCCAUAUAAGUACGAGUUCUUUCACUUGGUGUUCUCCUUAGGGGCUAUGUAUUUCGCCAUGUUGUUCAUAAGUUGGAACCUUGAAAAUACAACCACCAAGUGGGUUAUCGAUGUUGGGUGGGCAAGUACAUGGGUGAAGAUCAUCAACGAGUGGCUCGGGGCAACCAUAUACAUGUGGACAUUGAUUUCCCCGGCUGUAAGAAGAGCUAAAGUGAUGGAUGAGGAAAGUGCAGAAGUGAAUAAUAACCAUACGGGCCAUUCAACUAGUUCCCCUUCACGAAGUUCAGAUAUGUCAGAAUUUAGAUCGUAGCGAGUUUCUUUCUUCCCCCAUAUAUAAAAGAAACAAAUUAAUAAAAUUUUGAAAUUAUUCGUUUAUUUUUUAUUGCAGAAGACAAUAAACUAAGAUAAUACGAUUUCAUCCUUUUGUGUUUUAUAUAAUUACUUGUUUUAAUACCAUUUAUUUUGAAUUUCAUCUUGAUUGUAUCUAAUAUCUGAUGAGGACCCAAAAUCUCGGGCUAUGACAUUACAUGGUCCUCCGGAAACGUAUCUCAAGUCCACGAAAUUGUUGGAGGGUGCAGAUCUAAUUUUUAGGAAAUAGAUGACUUGCAAAUAUAUAUAUAUAUAUAUCAUUGCUAUAUUAGGUA